UUGGCAGCGUCACCAAGCAUCGGUCGACCGGCCACCACUCCACUGUUUGGGGAAGCAGCUAGGCCAGGUCAGCAAUGGCUCCACCAGCGGUCUGGCUUCUUAUUCCUCUCGGCCUCUUGUGUCUGUAUAGCAGCUCCGCCGCCUCUCUCUCCGGCGGAACGGCGGCGGACGAGGCCGCGGCCGACUACGUCGUCGUGGCCACGAGCUGGCUGAAGCCGAAGCCGGUGUGUCAAGGGCUCAGGGUGGAUGCGCCGGCGAACCUUACCGCCAGCAGCUGGGUGCCGCUGAGCCACUCCUAUGGCCCGUGCUCGGUGGCGGCGGGAAGUUGGUCGCCGGCGCCGGCCGACGUGCUGCUGCAGGACCAGCACCGCGUGGGCUACAUCCAGAGGAAGCUCGCCGGCAGCGCUCCCCAGGCAGACGACGGCAGCAGCCUGCCGGAAUCGAAAGUCGAUUCCGGACAGUCGGAGCACGCUCCCAACAUUGCACCAAACGUUGGCGCAGCCAGUAACCCCACGUCAAAGGGCUCCGAGGCGGUGACCAUCUUCGAACCGGCGGCCGGCGGCAGCGGCGGGCAGCGGCUGCCGGGCGUGAAGCAGACGAUGGUGCUCGACACCGCCAGCGACGUGGCGUGGGUCCAGUGCGCCCCCUGCCCCAUGCCGCAGUGCCACCCCCAGACGGACAUCCUCUACGACCCCUCCCAGUCGUCGACGUACGCGCCGUUCGCCUGCGGCUCGCCCAUCUGCCGGCAGCUCGGCCCCUACGGCAACGGCUGCGCCCCCGGGUCCCGGCAGUGCCAGUACCGCGUCCAGUACCCCGACGGGCGGUCCACCAUGGGCACCUACAUCUCCGACGUGCUGCGGCUGAACCCCACGUCGGUGAUCGGCGGGUUCCAGUUCGGGUGCAGUCACGCCGUGCAGGGCCACUUCCCCAACGACACCGCCGGGAUCAUGGCGCUCGGCCGCGGCGCGCAGUCGCUUGUGUCGCAGACCAGGCUCACCUACGGCGGCGUCUUCUCCUACUGCCUCCCGCGGACGGCGAGCUACAGCGGCUUCUUCGUCCUCGGCGUGCCCAGGGUCGCCUCCUCCCGGUACGUCCUGACGCCCAUGUUCAGCAUCAGGCAGGCGCCGAUGCUGUACCUCGUCCGCCUCCAGGCCAUCGUCGUCGCCGGUCAGACCCUCUCCGUGCCGCCGGCGGUGUUCGCGCCCGGCUCCGUCGUGGACUCCCGGACGGUGAUCACGCGCCUCCCGCCGACGGCGUACAGCGCGCUGCGCGCCGCCUUCCGGGCCAGGAUGGGGAUGUACCGCGCGGCGCCGCCCAAGAACCAGCUCGACACCUGCUACGACUUCAGGGGCGUCCGCCGCGUCACGCUGCCGAAGAUCACGCUGGUGUUCGACCACAGCGCCGCCGUGGAGCUCGACCCGUCGGGGAUCCUCUUCUCCGACUGCCUCGCCUUCGCCCCCGGCAGCGACGACCGGGCGAUGGGGGUCAUCGGCAACGUCCAGCUGCAGACGUUCGAGGUGCUGUACAAUGUCGCCGGCGCCACCAUGGGGUUCCGCGGUGCCGCCUGCUGAGGGCACCAAUUCACCAUGGAUCUGCCUGCUACCAAUCCUCACAACAAACCUACCUACAUACCUACCUUGCUACCUAUAUAUGCUAUAUAUUUACCUACCGUCGUUUUGGGCCAUUGUAUGGUCGCGUUUUGAAUAAGCCCAGUAAACUCGUGUACAUGUAUUUGCGUGGUCUAUCUUAAGCUUCUUAUUAUACGUGUGAAGUGAAGCUUAAGAGCUAUUGUCUGGGGAAGUCCAAAAAGGAAAUACAUACAUAUUUUGGACAAAGUA